CCCGACUGACGGUAACGGGGCGCCUGGCGGCUCGGCUCUGCAGCGGGUUCGGGCCCGGGAGAUAAUAAACAGCGGCUCAAGCACGACUCUCCCCCGCCUGCGGCUGGUCCGUAGCCACGACCUUUGGGGUCGCAACUGCUGCCACCCCGCCGGCUCUCGAAGCGCCCCGGUGACGCUGCAGCGAGCGGAGCGGGUGCGUCCGCAGCUGUGUUCUUGCUUUCCAACUCAGUUGAGACAAUGACCAACUUUGAAAAGAACUUCCAUCAGGAAAUGGUUUCCCAGCUGCAUAAUUUUGCUGCAGUUGGAGACGCAGCCAGGCUGAAAGCAUUGCUCAGCCGUUCUCCAUCACUGCUCAAUGCGACUGCAGGUAACGGCUGGACAGCCCUGAUGUAUGCUGCAAGAAAUGGACACUUUGAUGUUGUGCGGAUUCUUCUGGAAGGAGGGUGUGAUAAGUCCAUCGUUAAUAAAUCAAGGCAGACAGCUCUGGACAUUGCUAAAUUUUGGGGGUACAAGCACAUUGCUAAUUUGUUGGCUAAUGCAAAAGGAGGACAGAAGCCUGAUUUUCUGCCAACUGAAGUGAAAGAAUAUUCAAAUUAUUUUGGCACAACGCUUCUGGACCGAAGAAGUGAUAAAAGAAUAGAUUCCAAGUGGCUAAGCAAAAAACAAAUCCAUCCAGCUACAGUAUACAUACUUUUUUCAGACCUAAGUCCGUUGGUUACUCUGAGUGGGGGAGCAGAGAAGUUGGAGCGGCCAGAAGUCAGGCUUUGCAGACUGCACCACAAGGAUGUGGAACACUGCAUGAGCCAGUCUGAUGAAGUCACCUUGAUUUUUCUUGGAGUUGAUCUGCAGUUGCACACAAGUCUUUUGACUGCUCACAAUGGGGAGGUCCUACAAGAAGGUGAUGAUGAUGGGCUCAUUGCUUGGUUUGCUCUCAGCAUAAAUCCUACUUCUGCUGAGAGAUUUAAACAGAAGCAUGAGGACUGUUACUUUCUUCAUCCACCAAUGCCAGCACUACUGCAGCUACCUGAAAACGAAGCUGGAGUGGUAGCCCAGGCUAGAUCUGUUCUAGCAUGGCACAGCCGCUACCGUUUCUGCCCAACUUGUGGGAGCGCAACCAAGAUUGAAGAAGGUGGCUACAAGAAAACUUGUGUAAAAGAAGAUUGUCCCAGCCUCCAAGGUGUUCAUAACACGUCAUAUCCAAGAGUUGAUCCUGUUGUGAUAAUGCAAGUCAUUCACCCGGAUGGGAAUCACUGCCUUUUAGGUAGACAGAAGAGGUUUCCCCCUGGAAUGUUUACCUGUCUUGCUGGAUUUGUAGAACCUGGAGAAACAAUAGAAGAUGCUGUUCGAAGAGAAGUAGAAGAGGAAACUGGAGUCAAAGUUGGCCAUGUUCAGUAUGUCUCUUGUCAGCCAUGGCCAAUGCCCUCCUCCCUAAUGAUUGGCUGCUUAGCUGUUGCAGUGUCUACAGAAAUUAGAGUUGACAAGAAUGAAAUAGAGGAUGCCCGCUGGUUCACUAGAGAACAAGUUGUGGAUGUUCUCAUUAAAGGAAAUCAGCGUUUGUUCUUUGUACCACCGAGUCAAGCUAUUGCACACCAGUUGAUAAAACAUUGGAUUGGAAUGAAUGCUAAUCUUUGAAUUAAAUUCUUUCUUCUAAUGAAUUCUAAAAUUAGGAGUGAAUUUAAAAGAACUGCUUAUCUAUUGUUUCUGCAACCACGUGAAUUUUUGAGUCUUUCCUUAGGUUUCUGAGAUACACUACGCAAAUCUUUACAUAUUUUUUCAGAUCUGAGUGAAAACUGAGGGAAACUCAGUGAAUAUCCCAAGGAAGCAGACAACAUAUAGACAAAACGAAUAUUUUAUUGUGCCCAGCUACUUUUUUUGCAUGUGUGAUUUUUUUUUGAUCAAAUUUCUGUGUCUGUCAUUGUUAUGCUCUUGAUGUUGAUUCUAUCCCUCCCUGGAAGGAGUUACUGCAUUACAGGAAGGCCUAACCUUUACUUUAGUCUGAACUCUGCAUUUAUAUCCUCCAGUUUUCUCACACUAGUAUUCUCAUUUUUUCCUAUCUCCUCUUUUUAAAUUCUACAUGGCACAGAAAACACAAAUGUUCAGUGUUGAAACUCCUGUCAGUAACAGUUAUUUUUGAGCUAAUAGCACCAUUAAGUGGAGUACUUUUUAUCUCUUACAUGAAGAACAUUCUAAGCAGAACAUUUAUUCCUGCAGAUCUCCCAGUCUGAUUUGGCCAGCAUUUAAUCAGUUGUGUGAACUUGAAUUUAAAUUUCUAACACAGCACUCUGUUUAUGAAAAAUGCACUGGAAAAUCUUUCCAAAAAUCCUGUGUCUUUAUAUAAGGUAAUGUACUUAGUGACUGACAGAAAUGGAAUUGCAGAGUAAUGGAGGAGAAAAGUAGAUUAUUUAAAAGACGUGAAAAUAUAUACAAAGCUGUUUAGAAAUUGGGACAGUAGGUUGUUACUGCUAUUAAGAAUUUACAGUUGAUAGAGUUAUAAUCAACCCCAGCUGUAUGAUUGAGAAGGCAAUAUACUAAUUAUUUACUUAAGUGUUUUCAAUGCUGUAGUUCAGAUUUGUGCCUUAAUUUAUUGUUAUUGAAGGAAUAUAAGCUUAUAUGAAAUGGAAAUGGAAGGUUAUAAAAGUAUACAGUUAUUAAUGUCAUUAUUUUAUGAAUCAGUACUCUGUAACGGUGCAGCAUAUAAAAAGAAAUACAAAUGGCCAGGAGGCAGUGGGGGUCAUAAGAAUUAGCUUACUAUUAAAUAAUGCUUUGUUUGUUCAGAAUAAUAUGAAUAUUUUUUUAAUCAAUGUAAAAUUUGUUUCAAAAUUCUUUGUAAGUCUGGAAUUAUUAAAAAUGUUCUACAGAUCCUAAUACUUCUUUCUAUUCAACAUUCCUAUUAUAGCAGCAAUUUUUUUUUUUUUAUGGCAGUACGCAUCAAGCUUUUAAGGAAGAAACUCUUCUGACAGUUAGAACAGGUGAUGAAUCAUACAUUGCUUUAUUCUCAUCCUUGUUUCACCCAUACCUACAAAUUAAGAAAAUAAGUGUAUCACUUGAGCCAUGUGAAAUUGAGAAGAAAACAAUGCACUGCUUUGCUUUAAGAUCUCUUUUACAGAGGAGAGGUAAUAUGAGAAGUUUUCAUGGACUAUCAGUGUUAGCAGGACUGCAAGUGGUCAGCAGAAUUAAUCUUUUGAAAAAUCAGUAUCAAACACAAGGAAGUCUGGUUGCAGCUUCUUCGUACAGAUAGAGUGGAGAGCAUGGGACAGUAAUGGAGAAAAAUGUUAAGAAAGAUGAACAAGAAGGGAAUGAGGAGCAGGUAGAAGAAGCAGAAUAAUGCAAAGAGCAAAUAUAGAUUAUAUAAAGAUAAACCAUUUAUCACACUAAGAUAACUAAAAAUAUAUGUAAAGGUUCCAUUCUAAUAUUAGCUUUUCAUGUAGGAAAUUAUAUGUAUGGGUGGGUUGCUAUAGCAAUGAGUUUGUAACUGUGAAACUCAGAAGGUGCCCAUAACCAAUGUUGAGAUUCAGUUUUUGUAAUUAAGAAUCUAUAAUAAAGUCUGUUAUUAAAAAUGCUCAUAAAUAAAUUUAAAAAUGAUACUUUACAGAAUGAAAAGAGCAGAAAAAAAUUGGUUUAAAAAGAAAAUGUUUUUAUCUGAGAUCGUGAAUAAGAUUUUAAUCUCUUACUUGUAAUGGCUGGAAAUUAUAAUUUUAACAUAUUUAACACGCUUGAAAGCUAAAUCAUAGAAUGGCCUGGGUUGAAAAGGACCACAAUGAUCAUUGAGUUUCAACCCCCCCUGCUAUGUGCAGGGUCGCCAACCACCAGACCAGGCUGCCCAGAGCCACAUCCAGCCUGGACUUGAAUGCCUCCAGGGAUGGGGCAUCCACAACCUCCUUGAGCAACCUGUUGCAGUGUGUCACCGCCUUCUGAGUGAAAAACUUCCUCCUAAACCAGAGGUCUUUUUUUUUCUUUUCUAUCUUCAUCAUAAGGUAAGAACCAUUCACAGAAAAGUUGAUAAAAAUCAUUUAUUUGAGGAAACUAAUUUGAUCAUUUCAGUGUCUUAAUUUUAAGUGAAAGCUUUCCUAGCUGUUCAUGAGCAUGAUUUGACAUGUUUGUAAAUAAUAAGCUUGAGGUUUAUUUUGGAAACACCUAUGCAUAGAAAUAUUCUGAAGGCGUGGUGAUUUGCAGAGUACAUAUGAAGUGUCUAAUUGAAGAACCAAAUGCUGUAGUUAUUAGCAACUGGAACAAUUUAGGGAAGGACCGAAGUGUAGUGUUCCUCACUGGAUCAGGGUAGUAUCUUCAUAACAUUUGAGCUGUUUGCCUUAUCCAGACUGUAGCUGUGCUUGUCACUAUGAUAAAGCAGUAUAUUAAGAAAAUAUAAUCCCUUAAGCCACUAAAAAUGGACGUUAUUUGUUUGUGAUGUGUGAUAAUGAUCCCUCAGUUUCUUCUCUCUUGCUUCUACUGUGAUCCCAAAGCAAAAAGAGUGUUUAUAAUACAUGCAGUUUCAUUAGGAAGAAAAUCUGAAAAUGUUCUCUCUUCCAACUUGCUAGAGCACUACUGAGAAUUAACUUAAUUCAGUAUAUAGUUUGUAAUAUUUGUCUUUUUAAAGUUACGAUAAGCAAAGUAACAAAUAAUAAACGUA